AUGGCACGAAACGAAGCUUCUCUACAGGCAUUUUUGCAUCGUAAUUUUUUUGAUUACACAUACAAUUUAGGUAAACUUCAGCAUUACUCAACGCCGGCACAAUGUCUGACCUAUUCCGGAUCUUCUAAAGGGUUGUUUAGAGCAUUUCGUGGAGCCUCUGGCAAUCGUAGAACUCAGAAAGUCAUUGACAAAAUGGAGGUGAUUGAGGUAAUGAAAGUUACUGAGGAGGUGGAGAGCUGCUACAGCCAGAUCGAGACAACUACACCAAAAAAGAGGAAGAACAAAGGGCAAGAAGACAAUGGUGAGAAACCGAAAAAGCCCAGGUCUGCCUAUCUGCUCUACUACUUUGAUGUUCAUCAAAUUAUGCAACAGGACAUACCAAAUCUACCACAGUCAGAGAUCAACAAGCGCAUCAGUGAGAGCUGGAAAAGGCUUAGUGUAGCCGAAAAGGCAUACUAUCUUGAAAAGGCGAAGUCUGAAAAAGAAGGCACAGAUACAGUGUCUCAUAGCCCAUCCAAACAUCUCCCAGGCUUCCGCAAAAUCCUCCCCAGAGCCAGUUACGUUCUGGUGACCAAAGGUUCCUCUUCAAGUCAACAGCUGGGAGGGACCCAGCCUGAGGUGAACAUGGACUCUCUGACCUCUCCGCUGGACGGGGUCCUGCCCUCUGUCUCUCUAAGCAAAGAGCCAUUCACAACACCGGGCCUAGCUGAUGAGGAUGAACUUUCUAAUCACACUAUUGUUGUGGAUGACACAGAAGAGGACACAAAUAUUGCAACAAAUCCAGCAGCUCCUCAAGAAAAACCAAGCACUCUGUCCUUGCCUGUUUCAUCCAAAGUGCCUGUGUCUCAGGGUUCUGCUGGCUGUGGGUUUGGAAGGGCAAUGUUGCAGCAAAUACAAGGGGAAUCUACACAGAUGGUGGCAUUUAUACCUACCCAGAAUGUGCUGCAGCCAAAGUCUUUGGCAGCUGUCGGCUCUGUGGGCCCAAUGAUGAUGGUCUCUGUUGGAGCCAACAUAGAACAGAGUGCCAAACCUUCAUAUAAAAUGUCUGUGAAGACUUACACCAGAAGAGGUCGAGGGAGGUGUCUAAAUCCUGGAUGCUCGUUUGUUUAUGUCACUCGUCACAAGCCACCAACAUGCCCUGAAUGUGGCAGUCACCUGGGUGGAAAAUGGAUACCUGCUUCAAAGAAGACCCAAGAGAGAGAAGCUGCAUCAAAGCCAACACUUCAGCAUGCUAAGGCGGGGAAUUCAGAUGUCAAAAAAACAAACACCAAUGAGAGUAAAAAAGAAGGACUAGCUCAGCACUGCUCUAGAAAGCAGGAUGCAGUUUCACCUAGAGAGCCAACAGAGGGCAGCAGUACCAAGGAGCUGGAACAAUUAAAAGAGCUGAAAGACAAUACUAAAAGUGCAGUAGGCCGAAGUCAAGAGAGAAGCAAUGCAGUGGUUCAAAAGAGGCCCGUGAGACCCAUCCUCCCCGCUUGUCACACAGGUCGUACUUUGUUCCAGAUCAUAACUGUCCCCCCUGACAAAGGAAAACUUCACAGUGCUAACAACAAUAAACCAUCUACUGUGCCUCGAGAAGCUUUCUCGGGUCUCAAACCCAACACUUUAAAGCAGCUCGGUCAGAUCAUCCCAUCAGCCACAGCCAAGCAGAAUUCUCCUGUCCCUUUAGAUGGAGGCCAGUCUGGGACUUUAUCAGCUGAUAAGAGAGUUAAUAUCCUCUCAGUAGUGCCUUUUAAACAACCCACUGUCUCCAGCUUUGAUUUGGGAUUAUCCACAGCAAGAGGCAGGGGUCGAUGUAAGAAUCUGUCCUGUGACUACAUGUAUAAGAACAGACAUAAACCUGCAUUGUGCCCUAAAUGUGGCUGUGAGCUCAUCCAGAAGAACAUUAAAGGAAAAAAGUCUGGGUCCCUGCUUAAUCCACACCAGUCCCUGAGUCCUGCGCAGAAGGACAUCCAGCGUCAAAACACUGUGCAAUUACUGCAGCGCUCCCUACAGAUUCCAGAGAACGAGACAGAGCUCCAAGACACUUUAAACCUCAUCCAGGAGCUCAACAGUCUCCAGAUCGUCUUGGUCCAACCAAAAGAGCAGGAGCAAGGGAGCAACAUUGAGACAGAGACACUGGUCCAGUCUGGGUGGCCUCAGUUCUAUGAAUCGGCAGCCACUCACUGUGGGCUGUGUAACUACCCACUCUUCAAAGGAGGCCAGGGUUCUGUUGCAGGACAAGAGGUCUGCUGGCUUCUCACUGAGACGCUGAUCCAGACAGCCACACUCCAGCUCAAGGUGUGUCUCAACCUCAUGUGUCUAGCUUUGCACAGCUUCACUGACCUGCAUCCAGGUUUGUUCAAUGUUGGGAACAGACUGCUGGUUAGUAUCGAUCUGUUCCUAAAGAUCAGGGCGAGUAUCAAACUGGGAAAACCCCCAUCUGAGGCAGCCAAGACCAUACUAGACCACAUCCCAAACCACCCGGUCCACACGAUGAGUCCUGAGGAGUUAUCCCAAAUUCAGGAGCUCUUCCUGAGUGGAUACUGGGCCUUCGAGUGUCUGACAGUGCGGGAUUACAAUGAUAUGAUCUGCGGCAUUUGUGGUGUUGCCCCUAAACUGGAGAUUGCACAAAGAUACAUGAACAAUGUACUGGAGCUCAGGAAUGUGGAGUUCACCUGGCCCGAGUAUUCUCUCUCAGAUGAAGUACACGUGGACGACUUCUGGCUGACCAUGGAAAGCGAGGCCAUCGAGCAGGCAGCUUUCCCCUCUGAUAUCUCCAUCACACGUGUUGAUGCGUCUAUCAUCGCACCCUUUAUUCCCCCACUAAUGAGGAGUGCCACCGUCAUCAAUACAGAGAAGGACAAAGUCCAGGCACCUGCACAGCAGCCGUUGGGAGAUCCAUCUAUUCUAGUUCGUCUCAUUCAUGACGGUCAGCUGAGGCUUGACAAGAUUGAAGAGCACAGUGAGGACGAGCUGAGAACAAUGCUGGACUGCUGUGGGGCCAGUGUAGCCCCAGGCACUUCUAAGGAUAAGCUGUUGGCCUCCCUCAUCUCUUUGUACACACAUGUUCAUAGUGGCCUCUCGACAGCCCCGCAGCCCCCUUCUCACCGUACCGCCGGCAAGCUGUCCAAGGUCUGCCCACACAAGGUGGUGUGUGGCUCUAAGUACUUGGUGAGAAGAGAAACAGCUCGAGACCAUGUAGAUCUGUUGCUGUCCUCCCGCUACUGGCCCCCUGUCUAUGUGAGUGACUGUGCCCGUCAGGUGGCGCUCUGUGCUGACAUGCAGUACCCAGAACUGGCAACCCAGAUGUGGGGCAGGAACCAAGGCUGCUUCUCUGACCCUUUUGAAAAGCCAGAGUUGGUUUCCUGUGCAGAGCUACAAGAACAGCCCUACAGUGCUGACCUUUCAAUGGUGGCGGACAACCAGCAAGUUCACCCUGUUACCAAAUCGUCCUGUUGCUGGCUGGUUCACCCCCCAGGAGUAGCCAAGAUGCCUGCAGAGCACCACUCAAUGGUGCUCUGCAGAGAUCUGGAGCCUUUCGUCAGCUUGGUGGAUGAGCUGUUGAAAGAAAAGAUAACUGGAAAAGAUGAGAAUGAAGCAGAGAUGGACGUGGAUGAGAAUGACUGUGAGGAGAAAUCAGAAGAGGGCUCCUCAGUGAGUCACAUACGGCAGCAGUUUGUGCUUUUCAACAACACAGCUUAUUACUACCUUUACAACCGAUUGGUGGAUUUCCUCAGAAGCAGGGACAUUGUGAGUCAGCAGAUCAACCAGGUGGUAAAGGCCUGUCAGCCUGGGGAGGUGGUGAUCAGGGAUGCUCUCUACCGACUGGGAGUGGCCCAGAUCAACACAGAGAGGGAAGAAGAUGAAGUAAGUGGGCUAGAUGGGCAGAUGCAGCAUGAAGAUAAAGAGUUGUACGAGGUUGUGCUCCCCAAAUAGAAAAUAUAGUAUGAAUCAUUAAUGAUGGACUGAAUUUUAAUACAUUUGUAUUGAUAUGAAGGGAGGCAGCUGUGUGCACAAAUUAGGCACUAUGAGAAGAGGCAUGAGUGUUACUAGUAGGAAGCAAAAGAUUAGAAGUGAUAUGGUGCUAAUGUCUAAUGAGGAAUAAGCAGAAGGUUUCAGUUUUGGAGAGUAUUUUACUUUUAACACAAAGGAGUAGCUUGAACAGUGGAAAAUAAUUAGUUUAGUUAGUUCAAAAGCAAUUAUUAUGUAGUAACAUGAGUCUCAAUAUGAGGGUGCCACAACUUUUAUGCUAUAAAGGAGGAGGUUGGGGUGGAGGAGGUUAAGCUUUGCUAGCAGCAAGCAUUGUGCAUCAUCAUGAAUGCAAGCAGUCCUCCAUAAGGACAACAGGUGAAGGUGGAGGAGGGCAGAGCAACCUGCAGGCUCUGAGUCUGUCUCAUCACUGCAGGCUAAAGCCCGUUUCAGACUGGGAGCGUGACGCGCGCGUCUUGACCGCGACGCGUAGAUUUUCAGUUUGAUUGCAUGUUAACAAGUCAGGGCUUUCAGACUGCCUGCAUGUGCACCACGUCUCUCGUGGCUGGUAUGCCCGGCUCAGGCGCGGACGGUUGAGAGAUUCGAAGUCUCGCCUAUUUUUUCCGUGCACCACGUUUGGCCGCGGACCAUAUUAGACAGGAAAUGAUAAAUGGAGAGCCAUAUUUACAUCGUUGUGGCAAAUAUGCACAUAGAAUAUGUUAACAAUGUGUUUCUCGAUAACCCUGAGGAAGGCCACAAGCUUAAAUGCGCCUAUUUUAUAAAGUUGAUCCCUAAAGAGCAACUAUUAGUGAAGCGUUAUGUCCCCACACUGGUAGAAUAUGUCACAGGAAAGAUAAAACACCUAUGAAUGCUUUUCUGGUUUGUGCUUUUCAAAUUAAAAGCCUGGUUUAGUAUUUCUGUAGAGAAACUUCAUUCACUUGUACAGAAUGCUUUUGUUUUGAAUAGUUCCCGACAAACUUCCUCAAUAUGCUGAAUCAAUAAGCUUAUGGGGGGUUUAUUCAGGUAAAACUCGUGAAGAAGGACAGGGCUUUGAGAGCAGGAAAAUGUGGCUGACACGCAGCAAACUCGCGCCCUGUGUGAAAGCCGCACCGGGAGGAGCUGGAGCUGACACGCGUGACACAUGCGACACACGCAAGCAGCAAAACACGCUCCCAGUCUGAAACGGGCAUAAGAGCUCAACUACCGUAUUACAGCCAGUAGAUGCACAGACUUCAUACCAUGAAAACAGAUAGUACUACUAGAGCAACACGGCUGCACAGAAAUCACAUGUUGUAAACUUUUCCAAAUGAAAUUAAAAUCAUCAAGCAGGAGGAUUAUUCAAACCUUUUUUCACUUUGGGAGAUUUCAAAGACAGACUGCAGCUUAUAUACAUUUUGUGAUGUGGCGUGUUGUUUGGAAGCUGUGCUGCAGUUUUAGUGAUAACACUGUGGCAGGAACAUGCUGUACCUCCUUCUGAGCCUACUUCCUCUUGGGGAGCUUUUGCUGGACCAGUCCACCAGUCAGACACAGCCAUCCUUCGACCCUUACAAAGCACAAAAUGAAUUAGGCCUUCUGUAAUAUACAAACCAAUGGUGUGCAUGUUGUACUGUGCAUUGAGCCAGUCAUUACAUCCCUACUGAAUAAAUUACUUCAUGUUAUUACAUAAAAAACAAUGAAGCUUUGAUGCUGUGCUUUGUGCAUAAAUACUUCACUUCUUCUCUAACAUGGAAAUAUAAAAAUAAUGUAGAUAUGGAGUGGAUAAAACUGCAUAUUGCUGAAUUUAACACUGUGGCCUUUGUGUUACUUCAUGUACAGGUACAUCUCAAAAAGUUUGAAUAUCAUGAAAAAGUUCAAUAUUUUUGUCACUCGUUUUAGAAAGU